AACUUUUGGGAUAAUUUUUUUGGCGAAGAAAAGAAAAGACUAAAUGCGUGCUGAAAAAUCCAUGAUUUCAUCGUGUUUUGUAACUUUCCUAAUGCUUUCACCUCAGUUCUAUCAUCAUCAUCAGUUUGCUAUUCUUCUUCAACGACCGCUUUAAAUUGGAUGUCAGUGCCUUGUCCUGAAGUGAGAUUCCCACAGUCUGUGUUUUUCAGUCAGAGAGCAUUUACUUCUAAGUUCAUUUUAGUUUAGUAAUCAAGCCACAACGUCAUGUCGACCAUCAAUAAUGAUAAAACUUGGCAGUUGAACGAAUCUGGCAUUCUUCGCAAAAAAAACGUACCUAAAGAGGAACUGUUGGUGUUUGGAUAUUCGUGUAAAUUGUUCCGAGAUGACCAACGCGCCCUUCUCAUCGAUCAAGGCAAACACCUGAUUCCAUGGAUGGGAGAUGAAUCCCUCAAAAUAGACAGGUAUGACGGUCGAGGAACCCUGUAUGAUUUAUCAAUGUAUGAGGCUCUUCCAGAUGGCCAAGAUCGUUGGUUUGGUCUGUCCAGUGAGGAGAGAUAUGUGGAGCAAAUGUGUGAUGAAGAAAGGUAUCGAGCUCUCACCACCAACGAGGACGAGGAGGCUCUGUAUCAAGAGGAGGAGCUGAAGAGAUUGCAACAAGCAUUGGAUGGCGAAAAGGCUUAUGGACAAGUUGGCUUUACGUACUCCGAGGAAAAGAAGGAGGAAGGAGAAGAAAAUGAAACAAAAAAAGAAGAAGAAGAGGAUGAAGAAGAUGCCCCGUUCAUUGUCCCUCAUGAGCUUGAUAUACCUGUUGGCAUGGUUGUGCCGGAAAAAACGAAGCUGAAUGCCAUAAUUGAGAGGACGGCACAAUUCAUUUGUGAGCAGGGUGCCCAGAUGGAAGUGCUGUUAAAAAUGAAACAGGCCAACAAUCCUCAGUUCCAGUUUCUCUCUUUUGGGAGCGCUCUUCAUCCCUACUAUCGCCACGUGUACAUGGCGAUCAAGACUGGACGUUAUCGUCCACAGACACAACAGCAAAAAGCUCUUGAAGAAAAAGCAAGAGAAGAAGCGAACUCAGAGCACUACUUGCAUCCGAGCCUUGCGACAGUCCCGCUCGAGCCCCCAGAACCGGCUCCAGGGGUUGUGAUUCCAGCUAUUAACUACAAGCCAUCAUCGGAUUGUGCUUACUCCAUGCUUGUUAAUAAAAUAAAAGAAAAACAAAGCAACAUGGCAUUGCCGAGCGUUCCAUCCCUUCUUCCCAAGGAGCCAACACCCCCUCCAGCACCAUCCCCACCUAGGAUAUCGCAGCCAUCGCCAAAAAUUGAUCAUGAUGAAUCUUCAAACCCAAGCGUAGAAGUAGGCUCAAUAGCAGUAUCAACAGCAACAACACCUGUUUCAAAUUCAACAUUAAGAAAGAGACGGAAGAAAGCUCGUGCGGAACAAGCCCUUGCUGAUUCGCACUUUUACGCUCCAGAAGAAGAUGAGGACACAUGUAUGGAAGCACCAGUUUGUCCAAUUGAAACACCUCCUCCUCAUAUGCAGCUAAUUAUUGACAAAAUGGCAUCGUAUGUUGCUAAAAAUGGAAUCGAUUUUGAAGGAAUAGUUAAAAGCAAAGGAGAUCCGAGGUUUUCGUUUCUGGAAGAAGGACAUCAAUAUCAUCCUUACUACCGGCAAAAAGUUAAUCUGUACAUGAAACUGAAUCCAGAGGCAUCGCAAUCAGAGCAGUCCAUAGAUAGCAAUGGAGCUCCUGCACCCUCAACUGAGUCCAAUUUGUCUGUUGACGAAAAUAGCCAAGAAGCUAAAUCGCGCAGCAAACCAGUGCCUGUCUGUUUCUCUAUCAAAAAACCAAAAGAAGCUGAAAGCCUCGAAAGCCGUAGCGCUCUACCAGUGGAGGAAUCUUCCGAAGAUGAGGAUUCAGACGAUCGCAACAGUAACACCUCCAAAUCAUCGAAGUCAAAUCAAGAGACCAAAAAAACUGAGCAAUUAGAAAAAACAGGAUCUCACUCUACAGAAAAUAAUGCCAGAUGGAUUGAAGAAAGGGUCAAAGACAAGCUCUCAGCCACAGCAAAAGAAAAGUUACUGGCUAAAGAACGAGAACGUCAAAUCCAGCAAGAGCGGAAAAAGAGGGCAGCAGCAUUCCUGAAUCUUCUUCAGAAAGAUAGACUAGUUACAUCAAACCACAAUCAAGAAGGUGGAUCUACAGCCACACAAAAUAAUGUUACAGAAGCUGAUGAUGUAGAAUCAUUACCAUCCCCUUCAUCUGUUAUAGCGAUCUCUGACAAUUCUAGCGAUGAAGAAGAAAAUUCUGGGAAGAAGAAAAAAUUAAAUGGCUCGCAGGUAAACCAUCCUGUCAUCGAUUUAAGUCCGUUAUCAAGCUCCAGACGUCAGAAGCGAUCGCCUUCACCUAGUUUAAAUCCUCCCAAGAAGAAAAGGAAGAAACAUUCUAGCAAGUCAUCUAAAAAAUCUCAUUCCAAAAGCAGUCAUAAGAGUCGUCACAAGUCAGACCAGCACAGAAAACACUCUAAAAAACACUCUCGCAGUGAAUCUCAGAAACAUUCGCACAAGCGUCAUAGACACUCUAGCAAAACCAAACGACGCCACGAAAAGAAAUCAAAGCACCGCAGUUCCUCCAGUUCAUCUAGUUACGAUUCGGAAUCUGACAGUUCCUCAAGUUCAAGUUAAGACUGAUCUCCUGCCUUUAUUAUAAUUGAAUUGCAAAAUGUCAAUGGCAUAAUGUAAGCCUACCAGGUACUUCUUUUAAUUGUUUGAAGGCUAUAAUGCAAUGUGGGCAUUGUGCUGAGUCCCAAAGAAGCGUCUGGGACGACUAUGAAGGGAUCAUGAACACCAUCCGCUACCUGGUUCAUUGCAUUCUCCAAGCGCUCGACCAGUUGCCGCAAAUCAGAAUCUCGUGUAGAGGUAAGCGCUAUACACCGCCUCCAAGAUCAUCAGCGGGUAAACGCUGCCCAGCGGCCAAGGAAAGAGACUUAAAGAAACGUCAGACUUCCAUCUCAACUUACUCUUCUCAUUCCACUGACUCUGUGUGUUAACUAAGCAUUCAAGAUUUUAAUUUAGUCUCGAAAUAAACUAUUUAAUUUCUUAUUGAGGGUUUUAUCCUUUUUUCGUUGGGCAAGAAAAAACUGUCAACAGCAAGCUUAAUUUUUUUACCUCUAUUACAAAUGUGAACCAGUUUUUAAUAAGACUUCCCGAGAGGAGUUCAUUCUUUACAAUGACUUGUUGUAAAUUCUCCACUGGUUGCUACUUGAAUUGUGACUUAGCAGCUUGCCGUUCAUGGUGUCGUAAGUACUUCCCGAAAAUUUGUGGACUGUGUGGGGCUAGUAGGUCUGCAUGCAAGGGAAAGAUGUCAACAACCAAAUCAAAGUGUCCCAGAAACAACACUCCAUCAGAAACUGCAAAUAACGAAUCAAAGGAAAAAAUCGCUGCUGCAUCUACUUCAGUGAACAAAAUGAUUGACGUUGAAAACGAUGAUGAUGAGUUUUGCGACUGCGAUCUUCAGGAGCCUGUUUCUUU